CAUGGCGCCUGUCUGCCGGACAAAAGGCGAAUCUGUCUGACGGUGGAUUGAAACCCAAUUAGAAACAGAGGAGACAUUUUGGGAAAACUGUCAGUGUCCGUGUGUCCCGGCGCCCCGAGGCAAUAGAUAUAUGGUGGAAUAAACGUCCGUGGAGGCUCUUAGACUGGAAUAUUAAGGAUGUUCCAGCAGUGUGAGGAGCCUCGUUUCACCAUCGAGCAGAUUGACCUGCUCCAGAGGCUAAGGAGGACGGGGAUCACCCAGGCGGAGGUCCUCCACGCCUUGGACACUCUGGACCACUUGGACCGCCAACAUGGACACAAGUUGACCCAUAAACCGUCGUACAUGCCUCCCUCAUCUUCCUUAUCAUCUUCCAGUGCCGUCGCUGCCUCUUCCUCCAUGACUUCCACCGCCACCCAGACAAGUUUCCCGGACAACCAGCUCUCAAUGUCGCCCAGUAACAACUUUGACACCACCUCCCUGCCUCUGCCAGUUCCAGUAGCCUCACCUGUCGUCAUGGCAGCGGUAGGUCAAAAUGGUCUAGUUGCUGUCAGUAAUGGGAAGCUCUCACCACCCCGGUUUCCUCUUGGUGUGGUUAGCGGCAGUGUAGCAGCACCGGGCUACGGGUUUGAGGCCAGUGAAGAGGACAUAGAUGUUGAUGACAAGGUGGAGGACUUGAUGAGAAGGGACAGUGCUUUGAUCAAAGAGGAGAUUAAGUCUUUCCUGGCAAACAGGCGGAUUUCCCAGGCUGUGGUCGCUCAGGUAACGGGGAUCAGUCAGAGUCGGAUCUCCCACUGGCUCCUGCAACAGGGAUCAGACCUCAGUGAGCAGAAGAAACGAGCCUUCUUUCGCUGGUACCAGCUGGAGAAGACCAACCCAGGUGCCACUCUGGCCAUGCGAGCUGCCCCAUUGGCCCUGGAGGACAUGAUGGACUGGCAACAAGCCCCUCCCCCCUUUGGCGCCUCCCCUGGGGGCUUCCGUCUGCGGCGAGGGAGCAGAUUCACCUGGAGGAAGGAGUGUCUGGCUGUUAUGGAGAGCUACUUCAGUGAUAACCAGUACCCUGAUGAAGCGAAGAGAGAGGAGAUUGCUACUGCCUGCAACGCCGUCAUUCAGAAACCAGGAAAGAAGCUGUCUGAUUUGGAAAGGGUCACAUCUUUGAAGGUCUACAACUGGUUUGCCAACCGCCGCAAAGACAUCAAGAGGCGCGCCAACAUUGAAGCAGCCAUCUUGGAGAGUCACGGCAUCGAGGUUCAGAGUCCAGGAGGUCAGUCCAACAGUGACGAGGUGGAUGGAAACGACUUCCCUGACCAGGGUUGUGAGGUGUCCUUAUUUGACAAGAGAGCUUCAACCAGGCAGUUUGGUUUCAGUCGAGCUGACCUCUCCUCUCCAACCCAGGUUCCCACGCUGCUUCCCAGCUGGUUUUCUGCCCUGGGUAGAGGUGGUUUGUCUGGACAGAGAGGCGCCUCUCUGAUUGGCCGCUCCCUAGUGACAGGGACGGGUCCUCAGGCAGAAGGUUCCAGAUUGACAGGUGUGUCCUGGUCUCCGCCCUCCCCUUCCCUCCAGGAUGAACCCACCAUUCACAGCGUGCUGUCCGAGUCCCAGGAUCCGAUUGGAUUAGAGAAGGCAGCUGCCAAUAACAGCAACCAAGCCCUAGCCAAUCAGGAGGAUGGGCCAGGGUGCAGUAUUGGGAAUGACAUCAAGACGGAAACGCUGGAGGAUGACUGAAGAGGGUGGUGAAUAUUGGAGUUGUCAGAGUCAUGAAUAGAACAGGUGUGUUAAUAUGCAAGCAGAUUUUAUAGGAAUGUAAGAAGUGAAAAAAAAAAAGACCAAAAGUCGUGUAAACGCCAACCCUGAGAUACCUCCCAACCCUACCUCCAACCACCAACCUGCUCUGCUACGCUCUUAUAGGCAUUACUAUUAUAAUAUAACAAUGAUGAUAAUAAUUAUGAUAAACUUAUCGGUUAAAGUCCUCCCCAGCAGAUUGUGGAAUGUUUAAAAUGCCUAAAUAAUGACAAAUCAAACAAAGAAAGUGAAAUAAACUAUGAAUAACUUACUUAUGACACAGUAAAUGCUUACUUAAAAGGAAAUACAAAUAGCAAUGUGAAUUGUUUUUCACAUUAUUUCUUUAUCAAUUUGUUGUUGGUAAGGCAUUUUAAAUCCUCCAUAGGAGACUGAGUAACAGGACUUAAUGCAUUGUGCAGAUUUCCUUGAAAAACUGCAUUUUCACAGCAGGACAACACUGUAUUUGAUAUGGGGUUCAAAUAAUUUCAGGGUCUUGCACUGUGAUCACAACACAACUGAACAGCCUCAAAAACUAAAUACAUGAAUUUGAAAGUUAAUUUUAACUGAUUGUUUUCAAAUGAUGUAGCGCAUGUCAUCACAGUUGAUUAUAUUUUUAAAUUUUCGCUGUUGAUUCCUUCCAGUGAGAAGAACAGCAGAAUAAGCUUAGUUUUCUUAACAAAAAAAAAAAGUCAAGGUCACAUCAUGAUGGUAAUACUACUAUGAGCCUAAGAUGAUUUAGAAACGUAAAAAAAACAAAACAAAACAAAACAAAAAAAACCAGAAUGACCCAUUCUUUUACCCCUUGUCCUGAUAUAAGCUCAACAUGUGGAAGCAAAGAAAGGCCAAGAUAAUUUGAAUUCUGCAUCAUUUAUACACCAACAUCUUCUGCGAUUUCAAAACCUUUUGUUGUUUGUUUUUCAGGGUCACAACUUCAGAUAAAAAAAAUCUACUGUCCAUGGUUUUCAGUCACUUAUCUGUGCUUCUCUGUCUUGGAUCAUAUGACUUACUGAACCUAACCUGACAGGACAGAGGUCUGAUCAAUUCCAUUUAGGCUUCAUUGUGUAUUGUCCGUAACCCGAAUGUUUGAAAUUUGAAUUUUUCUUAUUUUUUACUUGAAUUGAAUUUUUAGUUCAGCUUUGAACAACUUGAGUAUUGUCAUUUGAAAAAUGUUUUUAUGAAUUUAGUUAGGAUUCACAAAUUUCAGUUUUGAAUUUCUUCUCAAAUUGCACAACUUAAAAUGGCCUACUAGAAAUUUAAACCCCACAAACAGGUGGUUUUCAAGACGAAAUACUUCAAUGCUAUAAAUAUGGUGGUAUUUAAAUUUCUAUAUGAAGUAUUCAGUAGAGAUACAAUUUCACAAUUAGGUCUUCAGUUUAAAAAAAAAAAAAAUUAAAAUGCAUAUGGCCUCUCUUUGCUUCCAUAUUCCAUAACAAGUAUUUUUAAAAAGUUACUCAAUACAUAGAUGUUGAAGGUAGCUAAAAGUGUUGACAGAUUUGUACAAAUACUAGAAAUCUGGACAUCCAAGUAACUGGGCGUUCUCUAUUCAUUUGUGCCCUGUUACCUGAUGGGUGCUCAGGCAGAAUGAAUGAUCACAGUGAGAUCAUCAGUAAUCAAUACAAGUCAGUCAGCUGGGAGGGAUUCAACAGUGUAACAAAACUGUUUAGAUACUACAGAUUAAAGUGUAAAGUGAAUACAUACAUAUACUAAAUGUGUAUGUAUGCAUACAUACACACAUAUACGUAUAUACAGUAUAUUAUAUAAACUGUGAGGGUAUAUGUAUAUGUACCCUAAUCCAUUUCUAUUUACAGUAUAUAGACAUAUUAGCUUCAAAUGAGAGAAACUAUCAGUAUGAAUCUUUCUUGUUGGUGAAAGGUGAGUGAAGCAUUAGCCAAAGUAUUAAGUUUAAAUUUUAUGUAUUUUCUGAGUGUAUGAUAGUCACGGAUGGAACUAUGUAUUAGAGAUAUGCUAAUCAAAGACACAUCAAAUGUGUCAAAAUAUUGCAAGCUAAAUACAUAAUUUUGCUUUUUGGGUAUAUCUGUGUUUGUGCCCGAAAUGCCAUGUGUUCUAAACACAUACGGUCAUGUUUAAAUUCAGUUUUCAUUCUAAAUGACACUUUGUUGGAUCAAUAUUAUGGUGCUUAGAGUCCCUGCUGUUUAAACAUUUCAUUGAUCAGUGUGAGUGACAGAUCACAGACGCAGUUAGAAAAAUUAUUUGGGAAACUGAUGUUUUCCUCAGAAAGCUAAUAGCUCACAUUUUGUGAGCGAGUUGGAUUCUCUUGAAACAACCACAAGAAGAAGUUUGCUCUACCUGAGACGCAAAUUUUUGAUCAAAAUCAAGAAAUGUUUAUCCUCGUACAGCCAUCGUAGAAGCCCAUCUGUUUUCUGCAUUACGUUUAUCUCCACAAGGAAUUAUUAGUAGUCAGGCUUUGCCCUUUUUGGUCACUUGGGAGCAGCACAACCGCCUUUUAAAGUUGUUAUGUUAACAAACAGUUGCCUAAUUAUGCAUCCAGCCUCAGAUGAUAAGUUGAUAUUCAUUUGGAGACAACUUUAAGUAUUUACUCUUUAUAGCUCUGUUUUGAGGAAAAUAUCUGGCUGCUCAGCUGCUAAAUGUUCCACUAUGUUCACUAGCUACUGCUAACUUUGUCUGCUAUGUAGUGCUGGACAAGUAGCAUACAUUAAGUUUUUGUGGGCUUUUUCACUAAGACAUUAGCUGGCUACAGCUUGAAGGUCAAUGAGGGUGGAGUUUGUGGGCCAGAAAACCAAAACAAUGAGCUAAAAGAGGCUAAAAAGCUGAGGGUAACUCUAGAGUUGGGUAAUAAUUCUCUAUGGGUUGGCCACUACAAGCAACCCCUGUCACAUUACACAUACAUAUUUGUUCCUUUGUCAAUAUAAAAAAAAAAAAACUGAUUAAUGACUAAUACAGAUCUAAUUGAAUGCAUUUUUAAUAAUGCAGAAAAUUAGUAUUCAACUUCAGUGGCUGAUGACAGCUAAAUUGAAAGUAGUCCACCUCUUGUGUUGGUAUUAGUGUAGUCGGCUGCUUACAUUUUACUAUAGUGCAACCUUUUUGUGACGCAUUAACAACUGACACUAAAAACUUUCUCACUGGUUAAAAAUAAUUCCAGGGUGCAGUAUAGAAAUUAAUAGAAAUCUUUGAUCCAGCCAUUUCCCUAAUAUUGCAUUCGUUGUUCAGCACAUAAAAUGUACUGUAUGAUUUUAAGUUGAAGUGCCUUAUUUUUUGCAGUGUGCUGACACAGGAUCAGUGCACGGAGAAGGACUUCUACGAUGGCUGUCCAUACAUCACUGUAUCAGUACUAAUGCAAGAAAGCUAAACACAUGAUGUUCGUCAUACAAACCGGUUCAUCAUUGUUCACCACCAGGUGCUUUACAGGCUAAGCUACUAGUUCAGAGUUAAAACCUCGACACAAAUACCUCACUUCAUCCCCCAUAGCUACAGUAUAAGCUACACACACCGCAGGUUCCUCCACAGCUGCUUCAAUGUGAAUCAAAGUUUAGGGAGUAAAAAUAACUGUAGAGCUGAUCUAUUCAGAGGAGACUGGCAGCAAACUGUGAUGAGGCUGUAAAGAUGGCUCAUGCUUUCUGACAGAAAUGUCAGUGACUUGUUAAAAGGGAAAUUCCCUCUCCCUCUCAAACUCUAGAGCCAAUACAUAUUAAGUUGGAAAGUAAAGGGAAAUUCCACUCCAAAAAAAGAAUCCAUUCUUUCAUCAGCUCCUGCUUCUACUAGAGUCCAUGGAAUAAUUGUAAAAUAGUUUUCUCCCCUCAUCCCGGUGGAUUGCUAACAAAUGUUCAAUGUUGGUUUCAGACUAAGUGUCUGAGAAAUUGUACGUUUUGUGGUGGAAUGUCUCUUUAAUUUUACGGCAGCAGAGCUGUCCCGGGUGUCAUUGCUUUAAGUGUUUAUAAAACUCUGAGGCAUCAUUAGUCAGUUAUGUAGUUUUCUAUAUGUUUGAAUUAUUUACACCAAAAUAUCAAAAUAUACUAUCCCACUAAGGGUUAGAAAAUGUUUUUUUUUUUUCUUUUUAAUCUGCUAAGCAGAAGCCUUUCUGAAGUGAAUCUAUGGAUUCAUUUAAGACAAAGUGCUGUUCUGAGAUUAUUUCAGGAUUUUAAAUCAUUUAAGUUGCUGCCUUCAUAGUCUUCUCAUGAAGUUGUACUUUAGAGCGCUGAAGCAAGGCAAAUUGACAUUAGUUUGUUAGUGUUAUUAUAGAGCCAAAAAAAUCUGAAAGCAAAAAGAAAACAGGAAAAAGAAAUGAAAACAACGAAUUAAAUUAAAAACAACAAAUGUGAGUAAAACGCACAUGUAAUGAGAAACCAAAAAUGAUAAACAGAAACAAAACUGUAAAGUUAAACUGGGGCCAAAAACAGAUUGAAGAUACAAGAAAUAAAUCAAAAAGACUAUCUCACAUAAUAAAACCAAAACAAGUAAUUUCAUGACAGCUAUCUCAUGAUCUGUUAUUGAUUGGUCUUGGUCUUUGUAUCUUGUCUAAAUUUCAUUUUGCUUUCAGUUUUUGAACCCAAACUGGCUCCAUACGUUUUGUGCCAGAAAGUGUGUAUUCUAUAUUUUAAUCGACUUAAAAUAACUCAGAGUUAUGUUGAGAUAGAAACACAGUAAUACCAUAUUUUCCGGUAAACGGCUCAGAAAGCCUUUGCUCUUCCAGUUUUACACAGCACUGUGUCAGGCUGCUCACGUGCACUUUGUUUCUGACAGCGCUGACGGCAGCAUGUUGUGUCUUCUCAUUGGUUAAAAUGCAGUUUUACCAUCUGCCUUCAGUCCUCUGUUGCCUUGGUUAACUGUUUUGAGAUGGUGAGCUUCCUUUUCCUGGUUCUUCACAGGAACAAAGCAGCCGAUGAUUCAGAUCAGAUCCUAUUUUACACCUGGAACAUCUGCACAUGCAUCCAGCCAUCAACUCUCUCUCGAUCACAUUUGUCUUUCACAUUAGAGAAGUAGAGUAAACAUUUGUCUUAAUACUGGGUCUGAGAUGCUUCCACUGGCACAGAAUUAAGGUGCAUGUUGAUGAAGAUGAUGUUACCUGGGCUGUAGAGGAUUGAUCUGAUCUGAGAUCUGCUGUCUGAACAAAGCGUGAGUGCAGGCCAUCUAGUGUCAGUUCAUGCCUCAGGACUGAAUGCUGCUGUUGUCCUUCUCCUCCCUCUGUCAACAUGUGAUGCAGCAUGACAUUUGAAAAAUGCUGUAUUUAUUAGGGUGGGGGAAAAAAGGACAUUUAUUAUUCAUGCAUUCAGCGUAAAAAGUAGAUGUUCCAGUCUUAAAGUUCUCAUUUAAUCAGCCAGUGACUGGAAAGACUACUUUAAAAAUCUGGUUCAAACAUUUUAAAUGUAAAAAGAAGUUUUUUUCUUAGGAAAAAAAAAAACAAAACAACAUGGUUGCCAUUUCAUUUUGGCAAUAAACUCUUCAAUAAUUCUCUGUAAGCUGAAAAAUAUCAAACCUCAGCAGGAUGUUUGUUGUAGCAGUUUGAAUUGAUAUUUUUUUUAAUCCCCACUUGUUCUCUUCUAUUUCAAGAUUUAGUGCCUUUUUUGGACGGUAGACUGUUCUGUAAUCGCUAUGUAGAAAAUCUACAUAUGCCUUUUGUUACUUUUUCAUCUGUUGGAUAAACCUUAUUUGUUAUUUUUAAGGUGUGUUUUUAUUGAUAUUCUAUUUACAAGGGAAUAAAAACUGAUCAGAGUCCAUGCUGCGUGCCUUGGUUUGUUCUGUUUAUAUGGCAGCAUGUACAGUUCAACUGGGAUCACAUAUUGUACAGUAACUGGUCUAUUCCAGCACACUGGUCUCUUAGUGUAGAAUAUUUAAAGUAUUGACUGCAAAUUAGAUUUCAAUCCAGAAGUUUUUUCUCCUUUUUUGGAACAUUAAAUAUGCAAAAUGAGCAACAAUCCCAAUUAAAUUUUUAAGCAACUUUCACACCGUCAACACUCAAAAACUAAGCUAAUCCGCUUCAUUGGAACCAUAUGGUAGUUGUAGUUUGAUCAGAUAUGAACGACCAACUGACAUUAGAUUUUGAGGUGAAGAUUGUUAAAUUCUGAUUAGUGCAUCAACAUGUGUGACACCACGUCUUCCCAGCUCAGCUCCGCCCACUCCAAACCUGUGGAAAAAAACCUAGACAAAAAACACAAAUGCAUUUUAAAUCAACCUGAGUUCAUUUAAAACUCCUACUAAUACUACUCCAGCACAUUUAAGGCUGUACUUCAUAUACAGCCUUAAAUGAGUAGUAUGACUAAUCUAACUUUUAUUUAGUUAUAUUAAAAGUUUACACUAAUUGAGUAGAGCUGGACAAAACAAUCCCAACUCAAGGUCCACUCGUUAACUUUUUCCGAGCUUUCCUCAGAGUCUUCAUCAGAGGAUGGAGUUUGCGAGAUCAGAAAUGGAGAAGCAAGAAGCUUGCAUGUCAACAAAUCCAUCUCCAUGACAACCAGGCAAACUUCAUCCACCGAUGAUGAUCUGUGUGAUAUGGUUGAAAACUUUGGUAGUGAUUUUUAAGUCAAUAUUCUUUGAGAAUCAUCUCACUUCUUCAAAGUAAUGUAUAUAAUAACAGCUACUUUUAGUCACCACUUAACCUCAGAGCUGCAAUGCGUAUGUAAUUUGUCACUUCUUGCUUUAGACUCACGAUACAUCACUACAUGCUGCAUCAGUUUCCCACAGCUCGGCACGUCCUUACACAUCAAAUCAGAUUGGUACAAAUGAAGAACAAAUACUCUCAUUAAUCUUCCUUUUUUAUUUUUUUUUCUUACCAGAUUACUGUUCAGAUGAUAAAAAAUGAAAAUUAUAAAUGUAUUAUAAUACAUGUUUAUUCUUUGGAUUGCAGCAUAGAAUUCCAUAAAACAAUUAAAUUAAUCAAAACCCAAACUUGUGCUCAGAAUUUUCUUUAUAAGUCUUAUAUGCGCAUAUAUACACAUACAUACACAGAACAACCACUCUGAUGGUGCACUCACACAUACAAAUGACACGUCAAGACAAACCCGCUCCACAGAAUCAACAGUAGCAAUGAUUGAUAAUGAUUAGUCAGGAUGAUGGAGAUAUAGUAAUACUGUUGACCAGGCCGAGGCCACAUUAAACCCAUGUUCAAUGAUUCUUUCUUUAGAUGAACGUGUGAAAGGUUACAGAGACUGGAGGGGCCUGUUUUUUUUUUUUUUUUUGUUUUGUUUUUUGCAGGAACGUGGUUCUACUAAAACUCCCUGACUUAGCAAGCACCAAACCCUCUCAUUAUUACACAGCUCAGUUUAUUAUGGCUGCAGGUACCUCAGAGGAAUAUAUUGAUAUCAACUGCCUUUAAAAUGCACCAAGGGCAGCAGCUGUAUCUGAAUUUUCCUGGAAAGCAGACCCAGCUGUCAUUGCCAAAAACUGCAGGGAAAAAAAAAAAAGGCUGUGCACCUGCAAAAAGGCUGCGUUGUAUCACCCUAACAGCCACGUAUUGCUUGCGUGUGUGUGGUAUACUCUUAAUAUUGAAGAACACACAGGAAGUGAACUGGAUGCAGCCAGUCAAGUAGUAGAAGCAGGUACAACUCUUUGUCAGCUAGAAGGCCUCAGGGGGGAAGAAGUUGGCAGAACACUCUGGACGACCUGAGACCAGGGACAGAGGUAGUAACAAGGUGAAAACUCAACUACCAAGGCAGGAACCAACACAAAUCCAAAACUGCUACUUUGAAGAUUUUAAAGGGCUGAUCUGAUACUAUGUUGUUGGAUGCUGUCAGGCACGCUGCUGCAGGGAAGCGGUGGCUUGAAGUUCCACCGGCUUUUCUGGUUGUAUACAAAAUUUCCAUGUGUGGAAUGACUGAGGUUUGACAGCAGCCACUAGGGGGCGACACAACGGCCUUCCUCCCAGUCGAAGAGAGUAAUAAAACCUGACAGCUCCUGUGACCAAAUGACUCACAACUAGCUGAUAUACUAUUGUCAGAAUGUGAGUCUUUUUAUGUCUUUUUUUCCAUAUGGUUUUGGAGUGACCCUCUCAAACAGCACAGCACACUGAAGGUUUAAGAGUACAGCACGUUUAGUUAGAGAGCUGGGAUCAUUCCUGCUAAAGCCAGUCUGGCUCCAGUUUUAAAGGCCACGUUAAGGCAGGGACAAGAUGUGUUGCUCCAGACCAGUGGUCCCAUAGUUUAGCAGAGAGCUGCAGGAAAUGCAACAGGAGGCAAAUGCAACAAAGAUAUGGGACCAAUUCUCCGCAAAGCAGAAGCACUUAAGACAAAAAAUAAAAUAAAAUAAAAUAAAAUAAAAGAGUUAAAAAAAGGGGGGGGCUGAAGACUCACACAGAUCAAUUUCCAGUGUGAAUAUGUUUGGACAAAUCACAUCAAUAAAAUUAGAACUAAAUGUGGUUCUGAUGGUUGAUACAGUCACAUAAAUAAUACUGCUGAUGGCUUUGCUCUAAUCUCUACAGUGGCAGAGACAGACCACUGAAAUGAAGUCACAACACUAAGUCCAUUCAAAACAGUCAUUACGAAUGCUAGUUUUCUUCUUCCUCUUUUUUUUUUUUUUUUUAACAGUUCCUUAUUGCAAUGGCUCUUGUUGCUCUGUGGAUCAUGUGCGUCAUGCAGCCCACAAGCCACACUUUUUUCUAUCUAUAAUGUCAGCGUCACACUUAACCUGAUAAACUAAUGCAUACAGUAUAUGAUGCUGCAAACUGUGCAGAGAGUAAUUAGAGGAGAUGUGCAUGAAGGAAAGACGCGUUUCCGUUAUAUCUUACCACUACAUUUGAGCUUAGCUCUGCUGUCAUGUAAAACACUGCCUAACAAUAUCACCCCCCUUUUUUUUUCAUCUUUUUACUUGAAAGGCAGUUGAGCAGUGACUGAAGGAAUAUUGCUCCAAAAACAAUGUUUAGUACAGUUUAACAACAGGUAGCUUGAGAACACUGAAUCAUUAAAAAAAAUCUGGUUGUAUUUUCUUCCUACAUAUACAAGUGUUCCAGAAAUGAACUCCUCUAUUCCUUCUGGAGACUUUUGUGCAAAUGAAUUGAAGCAUUGAUAUGAGAACAGUGUGUGGAAGAUACAUGGUCACAUGGUUUCUGAGGCACAAUAACAUAAAGGAACAUCCAGAAGCCUGAAGUGAUCUCAAACCCCUAAAACAGUGUCUGAGCGGAGACCAGGAAGGGAAGAGUCCACCAGCACACAGAGACUGGAAUUUUUACAGUUUGAUCAGGAGAAUCCAGGGUGACGGUUUGUCACUCGAAAGGUAGUAUCAGUAAGAAGUAAAGUGGCAACUGGUGGUCAUUUCCCAUCUUGGUAAAGACUCGCUGACACAGCUCAAUCAAAACCAGGUCCACCCUACAUUCACACACACACACACACACACACACACACACACACACACACACACACACACACACAAUACAUGAGAAAA